CUCAAAUCUCUCUGUUCGCAUCCAAUGGCUUGUGUUCUGAUUACUGGUGCUACGGGAUUCAUCGGGUCUCAGGUGGUCUGGGACGUACUGCAAGCCGGUUACCGUGUGCGGCUGGUUAUCCGUCGUGCUGAGCAGAAGGCCAAACUCGAGCGAGUCUAUGCCUCACACGUCGAGCAGUUAGAGUUUGCUGUGAUUCCGGACUUGACUGCGGAUGGAUGCUUCGACGAGCCACUGCACGGCGUGGACUAUGCCUUGCAUCUUGCCUCUCCACUGCCAGGCGCGGGGGACAGCGAUCUUCUGGCUCCAGCUGUCCAAGGGACCGUUUCGAUUCUGCAUUCCGCGCUGAAGGUGUCCAGCAUCAAGAAGAUCGUCGUAACGGCCUCGGUAGUGUCGUUCAUCCCACUGGGAGGAGCUCCAGAUGGGUCAGUGGUAAGGGAAACAACCGAGGUCCAAGACGUCGAGGCAGGGCAGGUUGCUUCCCUGAGCCCAAUGGAGCAAUAUCACGCCAGCAAGAUCGCGUCUUAUAAGGCAACCCUGGACUUUGUGCGUGACCAUCAUCCACACUUCGAUGUGGUGACUCUCCACCCGGUCUUUGUGUUCGGCCACAAUCAUGCGCAAGAAUCAGCCGACCAGCUGGGAGGCACUUGCGGCAUGCUAUAUCAGGCGAUCACGACCGGGAAGCUGUUUGCUGGCCAGUUUCGGGGCGUGCACGUCAAGGAUGUGUCUACAGCACAUGUCAAGGUCUUGGACAGCUCCAUACAGGGGUUGCAAUCAUAUCUCUUGGCGGCACCGCCCCGGUCGUGGGCAGAUGUUGCGGCUUUUGUUCGUGUGCGAUAUCCCGAAGUGGGGAUUGAACUGGAGCCGAGAGAAGGAACGAGCUAUGUACUCGACACGUCAAAGGUCGAAAAGGAGCUAGGAUUGAAGUUCAGGGGAAUGGAAGAGCAAGUGAGCGAGGUGAUCGACCAGCAGCUGGGGUUUAAGUGAGCAUUUCCGGCUGGGGUGCUUGCUUGGUGAGGGGCCUAUUGGCAGUGAUAUUGAGAGAGUAGUGAAUGGAAGGUUUGGGUGGAUGGUCAGUAUCUGGGUCUCAAUUGUGUUUGACUCUUGCUUCUGCUUCGAUCUGCGUCGCCUUACCUUUUU